UGAAACUAGAAUUGAAACAAGCAUCAACAUUCCCUACACUACCCCCUUAAAUAAGUCUCAUCUGGAGCGAUUAUCUAGAAAACAACUAAUUGAACCAACACCAUCCAAUCAGGUUGCUGACUAUCAUCUUUCUUAUCUUACCAUUCUUACCUCCACUGCAGUUAGCUUUGGUCAGCAGUUGAAACACCUUGCCACUCUUGUUCUCUCUCUGUUUUAGCCAUGGAGAAAGGAAUGAUUGGCAUUUUGCUUGACGUAUCUGGCUCUAUGAAGAAGGCAUAUGCGUUAGAUUCAUCACACGAUGCUAGAGUAGAACGAAUUCACGCUAUACUCACUACCAUGAUGAACAUCGUCACAAAGGAAGCCAUUCGUCAUAAUCGACAGGAAUCUGUUUUUGCUUGUGCCUUUGGAUGCCAAUCUACUGCAACAUGUGAUCUUCUUUCUCUGCUAGAGCGUAUUAGACAUGCUUCUGACAUACCAGAAUAUGGACACCAAGCGUUGAGUGAUCUAGCAACAAAGCAUGGAGCUCCACAUGCUGAAAACUGGAUUAGAGAAUACUUGUCUCCAGAUAAAGCAGUAGCUCUUUAUAGAGGUUUGCAAUUUGAUCGGGAGUCAAUACAAGAGAUGAUUGACAUAAUUCCGUCAAAGUUAACAGCACAGAUGGUGGAGGGAACAACAGCAAUGGUAUCUAAUGCAGGCAGCUUGUAUGGUGGAGCACUAGAGCCUAUGUGUGGUCACGUCAUGAAACCAUUUGUGGAAAUAUCAAAAACAACGGCAUCAGAUGUAAACAAGGCAUCAGCAUAUAACUCAAGAGCUUACAAACGUGCACAACAAAUCAUUGAAGACUUUAAUUCUAACAAACUGAUAGGGCGUGUGCUAGAACGCAUACAAGAAUUUAAGCUGAAAUCUGCACAAGAAGUUUUUGAGAUUCUGGAUCAUCUACUUCAAAGCAAACUUCCACCUGGCACACGUGCAUCUGCAUCUCAGUCAUCGUUACAUGAUCGGAUCCACAAACUACUUGAGCCUAUCAAGCCAUACAUUUAUGGUAGAACCCCAAUGUGCAAGGCAUUGAAUGAUGCUAAAAUGGUAUUUAGACAAACCAGGGCAACUCAAAAAGUAUUGUUUUUGCUCUCAGACGGAAUGUCAACUGAUGGACUUCCAGGUCCAAUUGCUGAACAACUUGUUGACUCUGGUGUAACUAUAGUCACAUGUUUUCUUACGUCAACUCACAUAGACAAUCCAAGACGCUUGUUGUAUGAAGCCGAUUCUGAGUGGGGAUCUGAAGACGGCAGACGAGUAUUGUUUAAGAUGAGCUCAAUCAUGAAGAAUACUCAUACCCCAAUAUCAUAUCUCGUUGAUGCAAAUUGGGAACUUCCCUUAGCUGGCCAAAGUCGUUUGUUCAUUCAAGCUAAUAGCUUGGAUGUGGUUAAUGAGUUUUGUGAAAUUGUUGUUUCACAAAUGAAAGAGCACUGUGAUGCUCUAGUUCAUAUCCUUGAAAAAGUUGAUCUUGCUACUUACAUCAACCAAACAAAUGCUGAAUUUGAACCCAAACAACAACAUGGUGGUACAUGCUAUGCAAAUGCAAUUGCAGCUGUGUUUCACUUGGCUAUGAGUCGAAUUGUUGGUCGAGAAGGAGGCGUUCCAGACUUUUACGAGAUACGUGAUCGCAUAAUACGUGAAUAUGGUGUUCAAGGUGCCAAUACUUUCAAGGUUCUUACACGAGUUUGUUCAAACUAUCGAUUACGCUUUCGGAAAGUAAAGGAAGCAGGUGCAAGGAAAGCAAUUAAUGAGAGGCGACCUGUUGUUGCUAGAUUUUCCUUAUAUGAUGGUCAAUGGGAGAAAUUUUCAGCAUUUUAUAGAAUGACACCAAAACGAAUUCUUAGGAAAUGUGAUCUUAGAGAUCAAAGUAAUAGCAAUCCAGGAGGACAUGCUGUGGUGUUGACAGGAUGCGAUCCAAACUGUCUGAUCUUUAUGAACUCAUGGGGCCGAUGUUUUGCUGAUAAGGGAUUUUUUCGAGUUGAGGAUGAAAAUGUGCUCAAUGAAACAGAAUUCUAUGACGUCUAUUGGAUUGAAGACAAUCUGACGUACAGAGAGAAAGAAGCUUACAAGAGGGAAGGCAUCAAACAAGGCAAAAAGCUUUUGGAAAAAUUUCCCAGUCUCAAGGAAUUGUCCUACAGAUGUCCCAAAUGCAAUCAAGAUAGCUACAUAGGCAAGUUCGAUGGUGACGUACUUGAAGCCACGUGUCCGAAGUGUUACCUUAAAUUCAAGCCGACUAACAAAGACAUCACAGACAGUUUGGCUAGAAGGGCACAUGAGUUGUAGAUGUGGAUGCUCAUUUGACAGUCACAUAGAUCUCUACUUGCUUGUGUAUCUAUACAGUUGACUGUAUUCUUGCUUGUCUAAGUGUUUUCUUGUAAUAUGCAUAUGGUUAUGAAUUUAUGACAUGUUAAUUGAGAU